AUGAAACCAUUUGAAGUAACGAAUGAAAAAUAUCACUUGGGUCAUUUGUUUCGAGAUAUCAUGAACAGGGACCCCAGUGCAAUUUGUCAGAUAGAUGCAGCAACAGGUGAGAGGGAGACCAACGCAACAGUAUUACGUCGGUCAGUGCAGCUAGCACGAUGUCUGAGACGUUAUGGAACUCAGCCCGGUGACGUGCUGGCCCUGGGCAGCUAUAAUCACCUCGACGUGCAUAUACCCUUGUAUGCUGCUGUUAUGAAUGGCAUGCCUGUCACUGGCGUUGAGUUUGGAUCUACUCCAGCGAUAGGGUUUCCGUACGAGUAUAUUGACAUAAAACAACACUUCAAAGUGUGUUCACCAAAAAUUGCAUUCUGCCAGAAAGAUUACUUUGACGACAACCUGCGAGCUAUUAAGGAACUUGGGUUGGACACGAAGCUGAUCUGUUUUGACCACGAAGAUUACUCUAUGAAGAAGUUUAUAGAAGAGUACGAUGAUGAUGGUGAUGAAGAAUUUGAGCCAUCAGAGUUCGAUUUGGAUAAAAUAUACGCAGGACUGGUAGCAACAGGCGGCACCACGGGGAUACUUAAGCUGGCUGCUUUUAAACAUAAAGUUGUUGUCAACAGAAUUUACGAGAUGAAAAACAAUCCCUUCUACCAAGCUAAAGAGGGAGAAAGACAAAAGUUGUCACUUGUUCUUUCCCCUGUUAACUGGAUAUCGAUGUUUCUAAGAUCAAUAAGUUUACCUUAUACGAACUACAUUAAGCUCACGACGUCAGCACCAGCGACCACGGAUCACGUUAUUGACAUUAUUAAUAAGUAUAAGCCAGCAGUCUCCUUAAUAUGGCCUCCGUUAGCGGUUUCUUUAAUCGCCUGCAAAAAAGAAUGUGACUUCACUUGCUUUGACUCAAUCACUUUGGUAGCUGGUAAAACUGCGCAGAAUAUCCAUUUAGAGCUCAAGAAAAAACUGCGUCCAGAUGCGAAAAUAAGCGAAGGAUACGGUCAAACUGAAAACCUUGGUUUUAUCGUUAUGCCAAACCCGUCAGGGGCUCUAGGCAACUGUGGAAAAGAAACUAUAAAUGGACAGAGUAUCAAAUUAGUGGAUCCAGAUACGGGAAAAGAAGUGACAGAACCGAAUGUUAGUGGAGAAUUAUGGGUGAAAAAUGUUUGUUUCUCAGAGUAUUUCAACAAUCCAGAGGAAACGGCGAGAGCAUUUUCGGUCAAUGGCUGGUAUAAAACCGGCGAUUUACUGUACAGGAAUGAAGAGGGCAGCUACUUUUUCGUAGAGCGACUUAAGAUGAUCAUCAAAUAUCUUAAUUACCAUAUUUUUCCUGAGGAUUUAGAAAAGGUAAUUGCUGAGCAUCCUGGAGUGGCAGAUGUGAGUGUGACUUGUAUUCCCCAUAAUGAAGAUCAAGAACACCCGGUAGCUUGUGUUGUGCGAAAAAACGGUGCCACUGUCACUGCCCAGCAGAUAAAAAAUCUUGUCGCUAAUAAACUGGCCGAUUAUCAAAAGUUGAGAGGCGGUGUUAUCUUCAUGGACAAAAUUACAUUGACAUCUACAGGAAAAGUCGCAAGAGGCAAACUGAAACAGAUGGCGCUAACUGCUCACAGAGAAUAA